AAGAGGAGAAGUGUCUGUUUAGUGUCUUGUUGAAACUCGUCUCCAGCUGUUUAGAGCAGAGAGGAAGCUGAAGUUGUGUGUUGACAGGAGCACUUAUAGUUCCUCUUUGAGCGCGGCCAGGCGUAUUAUUAAUUUGUGUCUAAUUUUGGAGGUUAUUCAGCGCUCCAGCUUAUCUCUGCCCUCAUGAGGGAGCGCUUAAAGGCAGCAGCCCGCAUGUAGAGCAGCUGGAAAGGUCACCGACGAGAGGGUUUUUCCUCAUACCUCCUAAACUUAUCACUGGCCACUCAUACACCGCCGUCAGUACUCAGAGCAGAUCUGUGAGCCGGCCUGACCCAGACCAGAGUCAUGGCCUCUGGUAAGAAUAAGAACCAGAGCUCCCUGGUUCUCCACAAGGUGAUCAUGGUGGGCAGCGGUGGUGUGGGGAAGUCGGCCCUCACCCUGCAGUUCAUGUACGACGAGUUUGUGGAGGACUAUGAGCCCACCAAGGCCGAUAGUUACAGAAAGAAGGUGGUGCUGGACGGCGAGGAUGUGCAGAUCGACAUCCUGGACACGGCCGGUCAGGAAGACUACGCCGCCAUCAGGGACAACUAUUUCCGCAGUGGCGAGGGCUUCCUGCUCGUCUUCUCCAUCACAGAGCACGAGUCCUUCACAGCAACGUCGGAGUUCAGGGAGCAGAUCCUGCGCGUAAAGGAGGAGGAGGCCAUCCCUCUCCUCGUGGUGGGGAACAAGUCAGACCUGGAGGAUCGACGGCAAGUUUCUGCCGAAGACGCCACGGCAAAGGCGAACGAGUGGGGCGUCCAGUACGUGGAGACCUCAGCUAAGACAAGAGCCAAUGUGGACAAGGUGUUCUUUGACCUCAUGAGGGAGGUCCGCAAGAAGAAAAUGUCCGAAAGCAAAGACAAAAAUGGGCCUAGCGGGAAGAAUAAGAAGAAGCGCUGCUGCAUACUCUGAGGUCAGCGGCGAGGCGACAGCGUGCCAAAAACCAAAGAAAAGGAAAAACUCUCUGAGAGAGACUGAAGCUGCUUCAGACAAGCAGCUGCAAAGGCACACUCGACACGUUCGCUCAUCAUCUGCCAAACACAAAGCACAACACUCUUUAUUUUUCUUCUUCUGUGGUGUCUGCUCGUUCUCCACAUGAUUCUACUUCCUCUUUGUGCGCAGCUAAGUGGUCAAAAGUAUGUGGACACAUCCGCUGUAUGUUGGGCAUUAGCGUGCUGCUCUGACAGCCCUGCAGGUCAGCGUCCGAGAGCUGUGGGGCAGGUUGAAACUGCGCUCUAUUUAAACACCAGUCAGAUUACUUUAUAGCUCCUCACUGCCAGCUGUGUCCACAAACUUAUGGCAAACGUUCAGGACCAAAAGCUUUUUCUGAUCACAGCGGCAGAUCCGCCGAUUGUUUGUAAAACUGGAGUUCGCAGGAAGCACACGAUCUUUUUAUGUGGAGAGCAAACAGGUUUGUACACUUCAGAGUACUUUUCUUUCUCCUCAAAUGAAAUUUGUUCUUUAAACCGUUGUCUCUGCUCCCACUUAUUUUAAAACCUAAUUUCUCUUUAUUUAGCUUUCAUGUAUGUCUUCAGUUUAUAGUAUCACACAUUCCUCAUAUCUGAUUACUUCCAGACACUCCUUUUGUAAUAAGCUUUCACCUCCUUUAUGAAUAAAAUUAUAAUUUAUAAUCAAAGUUUCAAAGGGAAUCAGCUCUUUAAAUCACAGCAUCAUCUGCAUAAAGUUGCAUUGAUGACACGUUUGGCUCGGUUAAAGCUGGAAUGUGUUUGUUGCUGUCGACUUGUAGAUAAACUCUUAAUAUGAUAAUAAAAAAAUAAAAAACUUUAA